GUAAAAGAAAGCCGAUCUUUCUCGAUUGCAAUCGCUGCUGCUGCUGCUGCAAUCGUCUCUUUCUCUCACACUAAUCUCUGGAGCAAUGGCGGACUACGAUUUGACACCACGAAUCGCCCCCAAUCUCGACAGGCAUCUCGUCUUCCCCCUCCUCGAGUUCCUCCAGGAGCGAGGCCUUUACCCCAACGAACACAUCCUCAAAUUCAAAAUCGAGCUCCUCAACAACACUAAUAUGGUUGAUUACGCCAUGGACAUCCACAAAUCUCUCUACCAAACCGAAGAUGUUCCUCAAGAUAUGGUGGAGAGGAGAGUGGAGGUUGUGGCGAGAUUGAAGGCCUUGGAAGAGGCGGCUGCGCCGUUGGUAACUUUUCUGCAGAAUGCCAAUGCUGUUCAGGAGCUCAGGGCCGAUAAGCAGUAUAAUCUCCUCAUGCUUAAUGAACGAUAUCAGAUUGGACCAGAUCAGAUAGAGGCAUUGUAUCAGUAUGCGAAGUUUCAGUUUGAAUGUGGAAACUACUCUGGUGCUGCUGAUUAUUUGUAUCAGUACAGAGCUCUGUGCACCAAUAGUGAAAGGAGUCUAAGUGCAUUAUGGGGAAAGCUGGCAGCUGAGAUAUUGAUGCAGAACUGGGAUAUUGCACUGGAAGAAGUUAACAGGCUGAAAGAAAUAAUUGAUUCAAAGAAUUUCUCUUCACCGCUGAAUCAAGUCCAGAACAGGAUCUGGCUUAUGCAUUGGAGCUUGUUUAUCUUCUUUAACAAUGACAAUGGCCGAACACAGAUCAUCGAUCUAUUCAACCAGGAUAAGUACUUAAAUGCUAUCCAGACAAAUGCUCCUCAUUUACUACGUUAUCUAGCAACUGCUUUCAUUGUUAACAAAAGGAGAAGACCUCAAUUCAAAGAGUUCAUAAAGGUUAUUCAGCAAGAACAUCAGUCCGUCGAUGAUCCCAUCACACAGUUUUUGGCUUGCAUAUAUGUCAAUUAUGAUUUUGAUGGUGCUCAGAAGAAAAUGAAGGAAUGUGAAGAGGUAAUCUUGAAUGACCCAUUUCUUGGCAAAAGAAUUGAAGAAAGCAACUUUUCAACUGUGCCUCUGAGAGAUGAGUUUCUUGAGAAUGCUCGUCUCUUCAUUUUUGAGACCUACUGCCGGAUCCAUCAGCGCAUCGAUAUGGGAGUUCUGGCCGAGAAACUAAAUUUGAACUAUGAAGAGGCUGAAAGGUGGAUCGUGAAUCUAAUUCGGACCUCAAAGCUGGACGCAAAAAUUGAUACCAAGACUGGAACUGUUUCGAUGGAACCUAAUCACCCUAAUGUUUAUGAGCAGCUAAUUGACCACACUAAGGGACUUUCUGGACGUACAUACAAGCUAGUUAGUCAGGUACUGGAACAUGCACAGGCACAAGCUGCUCGGUAAACCUGUUGGGAAGAAAAGGCCUUUAACAAUGAGUUGUGUUUUUUUGGGGCAUGAGUAUUUAUUGUAGUGACUUGAAAGUGUAGAUGCCAGAAUGAACAUUAGGGGAUUUGUUAAUCAAUCACCAGGCAAUUACUUUGACGUUCUGCUGAUGGUUAAGACUUUUGAAUCUUUGUUUUCUGUUUCCCUACUUCAACUUGAAUACCUAUCUCAUGAGAUCACAUUAUUUGACUCUCA